GUUCCUCUUGACACGAAAAGUAUGAAGCACACCGUGACGGGUCUAUUCUUUGUUCUAUGCGUGCUGUGUGUCGCGAAGCAGUCGGAAUGUUACAGGAUACUUGGCAUCAUCCCGGUGCCAUCUUAUAGCCAUCAGACCCCGUACCGGCGAUUAUGGUUGGAAUUGCACGAACGCGGUCAUGAAAUUGUGCUGGUCACUUCGCACCCUAUGCAGGGCAUCAACUCUCCGAAUUUCACCCAGAUCGACGUUAGCGAAGGUAUCGGAGUCUUGAGGAAGGUCAACUUCGUGCAGGAGAGACUCAACGGGAAGACAUGGUGCAACUUUGCAGAGAAGGACUUACUGGAGCUGUGCGAUAGGUUCGCCAGAACAGUGUUCGAAUUCCCACAAAUGAAGAAGCUCUAUGCUCCAGACAGCAACGAAAGAUUCGACGUUUUCCUGACGGAGUUCCUCUACACACCGUCCCUAUAUGCAUUUGCGCACAGAUUUAACGUGCCCAUGAUAGCGCUAAGUUCAUUGGGGAUGUUCACCCUUAAUGAACACGUCCUUGGUGGAUUGGUGUUACCUUCUCACGAGUACACAUGGGAAAUGGAAGCAAAUACAGGCCCGAAUUUGUGGUUCACAAAAAGGUUGUGGAAUUUCGUAGCUAUGUGGCGGCAUCUGUACCUCUUGCAUCGUGAUAUAUUCCCAGCACAACAGAAACUGGCAGAGAGUUACCUUGGGCCUUUGCCACCUAUGUCGGACCUCAUGAGGAACGUUAGCGCCUUCUUCCUCGAUCAACCCGACGUUUUGACAGCUGCCCGUCCGAAACUCGCCAACGUGAUCACGUUCACUUCCACUCACAUAGAAGAAAAUCCAGAUCCUCUGCCAAAGGAUUUACAGGAGUUCCUCGACGGUGCAGACACGGGAUUCAUCUACUUCAGCUUGGGCAGCAACGCAAGAAGUGCAGAUUUGUCGAUGGAAUUACUACGAAUGUUUUGCGACGUGUUCGCCAAGUUACCGUACAGAGUCGUGUGGAAAUUCGAAACGGAUCUAGUCGAAAAACCCUCCAACGUGUACACCGGUAAAUGGUUCAGUCAGCAAGCCAUCCUCGCUCAUCCGAAGAUUAAACUGUUCAUCACGCAAGGAGGUCUGCAAAGUAUCGAGGAGGCCAUUCACUUUGGAGUUCCAGUUAUUGUUAUCCCAGUAUUGGGUGAUCAAGAUUAUCAAGCAGCCAGAGUGAAUGCGCUUGGCAUUGGGACACGUCUGGAGCUCAGAACUAUCACGAAAGACGAAAUCGAAAAUGCUGUCCAAGAGCUGAUAACUAAUACACAGUACAAAGAGAGAAUGAUUAGAAUUCAGAAUCUCACUAGGGACACACCCUACGAUCUCGUGAAGAAUCUGGCGUGGUGGACGGAAUACGUGGUCCGAUCGGAUGGUGCACCUCAUCUUCGUUCCAGUCUGGCCAUGCAACCUUGGUACCAAUAUUGCGACAUGGACAUCGUAGUGUUCCUUACUAGCAUCACCUGCCUGAUCAUUCCAUGUGCCCUUAAUUUAAUUUCCAAGCUUAUCGUGCAUUCUUACAAGAUAUGGCAGCUCUCUGCAUAUCAGAAGCGUAAAGUGUGCUAA